AAAACUUUAGAAUGUGUCUGGAGAGAACUGCCUCUUUAAGCGUUUCUUUCCCUUGUCAUUUUUUUUUCUUUCCCAAUCCCUUUUCUCAUCAGCAGCAGCAGUGCCUCAAAAAGGAGAGAAAGAGAGAAGAAGAAAGAGAAAAAGGGAAGAGCAAGAAAAGAAUUUUUCUUCUUUUUCUUUUCUUUUUUUUUUUUUUUUUCUUUCUUUUAGAGCUCAAAAUCUCUUCCUUCGCUUCUCAAAAGCUCUCUAUCUCAGAGCUGAAAUUUACGAGAUUUAAACAUGUCUUCUCCUAGCAAACGCCGCGAGAUGGAUCUCAUGAAACUGAUGAUGAGUGAUUAUAAGGUGGAGAUGGUGAAUGAUGGGAUGCAAGAGUUUUAUGUGGAUUUCCAUGGGCCAAAUGGAAGUCUUUACCAAGGUGGUGUUUGGAGGAUUAGAGUAGAAUUGCCUGAUGCUUAUCCCUACAAAUCUCCGUCCAUCGGCUUCGUCAAUAAGAUUUAUCAUCCGAAUGUCGAUGAAAUGUCUGGUUCGGUAUGUUUGGAUGUCAUCAACCAAACCUGGAGCCCGAUGUUUGAUCUUGUCAAUGUAUUCGAGGUCUUCCUUCCGCAACUUCUGUUAUAUCCUAAUGCUUCCGACCCAUUGAACGGAGAGGCUGCUGCGCUGAUGAUGCGUGAUCGUCCUGCUUACGAACAAAAAGUGAAAGAAUACUGUGAAAAGUAUGCAAAACCUGAGGAAGUCGGCGCUCCUUCGGACGACAAAUCCAGCGAGGAGGAGCUCUCGGAAGAUGAGUACGACUCCAGUGACGAGACGGUGGUGGGGAAGCCGGAUCUGUAGCGGCAGCAUAGUUUCAGUUCAGUUUGUUGCAAUUCGUGCUAUACAUGUUUAAAGUUGUUGUUCUAAAAUGAAGCUAACUAUCCUUCAUCAAUAACUGCCAUAGUAAAUAAGUGUGCUUUGAUGUUAUGAGUAUAUACUUUUCUUAUCUAA